AUGGGGGGCACAGCGACCUUGCGCUGGAGCAGCGGGAGCAGCAGCGAAUCUAACUACCUCUUCGUGGAGAAGGGCUACAACAAGGAGCUGCGGCCCGUCAUGUCCAAGGACGAGAGCGUCAGCGUGGACCUGGGCCUGACGCUCUCCAACCUCGUCUCGCUGAAAGAGGCCGACGAGACCCUCACCACCAACGUGUGGAUUGAUCACGGCUGGACAGAUUACAGGCUGCAGUGGAACAAGUCGGAGUUCGGGGACCUGAAGAUCCUCCGCCUGCCCCCGGACAUGGUGUGGCUUCCUGAGAUCGUCCUGGAGAACAACAACGACGGCUUCUUCCAGAUCGCCUACUACUGCAACGUGCUGGUGUACGACUCCGGCUUCGUGUACUGGCUGCCGCCUGCCAUCUUCCACAGCGCCUGCCCCAUCAACGUCAACUUCUUCCCCUUCGACUGGCAGAACUGCAGCCUCAAGUUCAGCUCCCUGCGCUACAACGCCAAGGAGAUCACCAUGAACCUGAAGCAGGAAGCGGACGACACGCAGAACAAAAACUACCUGGUGGAAUGGAUCACCAUCGACCUGGAGGCCUUCACGGGUAAAGCAGGGCCCCGGCUCCCCCGCAGGGCAGAGCCACGGGUGGCCUCCCUGCGCUACAACGCCAAGGAGAUCACCAUGAACCUGAAGCAGGAAGCGGACGACACGCAGAACAAAAACUACCUGGUGGAAUGGAUCACCAUCGACCUGGAGGCCUUCACGGGUGGGGAGAAGAUGACGCUGGCUAUCUCCGUCCUGCUGGCCCAGUCCGUCUUCCUGUUGCUGAUCUCCCAGCGCCUGCCCGCCACCUCCCUUGCCAUCCCCCUCAUUGGCAAGUACCUGCUCUUCAUCAUGCUGCUGGUGACCGCGGUGGUGGUGACCUGUGUGGUCGUGCUGAACAUCCACUUCCGGACGCCCAGCACCCACGUCAUGUCCAGCUGGGUCAAAGAGCUGUUUCUGGAACUGCUGCCGCGCCUGCUGCACAUGUCCCGGCCGGCGGAGAGCGAGCCGGGCCCCCGUGGCGGCCUGCUGAUCCGGCGCAGCAGCUCCGUGGGCUACAUGGCCAAGGCGGAGGAGUACUUCGCCGUCAAGUCCCGCAGCGAGCUCAUGUUUGAGAAGCAGUCGGAGCGGCACGGGCUAGCCAAGCGCCGCACCCCCUCCCCCAAAAAAACUCCCUUCUGCAAGCCACCCCCUUCCUUUGUUCAGACCCCUUUCCUCAUCAGGUCCCAGACCUACAGUGCCAAUGAAAUCAACCUGCUGCUGACAGUGGAAGACGGGCAGACCAUCGAGUGGAUCGUCAUCGACCCCGAAGCUUUCACAGGAGAAGAGCAAAGCUCCUCCCAGGAGGUGGCCAACAUGGCGGAGGGGCCAGCGUGUGGGGGUUGGGGGGCAGACCCGGGCUCAUGUCUCGCGUUCUGCAUCCCGGCAGCGGGCGGCCAGAAGUGCACGGUCUCCAUCAACGUCCUCCUGGCCCAGACGGUCUUCCUGUUCCUGAUCGCGCAGAAGGUGCCCGAGACCUCCGACGCCAUGCCGCUCAUUGGCAGGUACCUGACCUUCCUCCUGGUGGUGACGGUGCUGAUCGUGGCCAACGCGGUCAUCGUGCUGAACGUGUCGCUGAGGACACCCAACACGCACAGCAUGUCACAGAGAGUGCGGCAGAUCUGCCUGCGGCAGCUGCCCCACUUCCUGGGGAUGCACAUGCGCCGCAGCGACGUGGCCGCCCGCCCACUGAGGGCUCGGCGCCGCAGCUCGCUGGGGCUCAUGGUGAAGGCCGACGAGUACAUGCUGUGGAAGGCCCGGACGGAGCUGAUCUUUGAGAAGCAGAAGGAGAGGGACGGGCUGAUGAAGGCCGUCCUGGAAAAGAUCGGGAGAGGCCUGGAAAACGGGCGCAGCCAAGAUCUCUGCCACAGCUUGGUGCAGGCAGGUCCUGAGAGCAAGGCCUGCGUGGACGCCUGUAACCACAUCGCCAGGACCCUGCAGGAGCAGAACGACUUUGACAACGUGAGUCUGCCCCAGCAGAACAGGAGCCAGCAGGGGGCCCAUGGGAAUGGGGCCAGAAGGGCUCCACGUGUGGCUAAAAACUCCUUUAUCGUUGAAGAUGGGUCAGAUCCUUUCGGGAUUCCUGUGCGUUAG